CUCUAAAUCCCGCGAAAUUUAUGAAGUUGUCACUUACAGUACAUCCUAAAAAGACAUAACAGAUUACAAGAUAAAGUACAUGCCAAUGGUCACAAAGACUGUUGUGAUUAGUGAAACGUUGGCACAAAAGGCGUAAUGAAAAUGUCAUGAAUUAAUUAAGGGGACAGCCCUUUAUCAUGCUUCAGUAAACAUAAAGCUGUUUUUAGGCGGCAACAUAGCUUUUCAAAAGAAGAUUGGACAAACUAAACGAGGAAGACAUAGUUUUGUAUCCUGUCAAAAGCAAGCUUGACCCCUGAAAGAAGUCUCUUAGGAUUCUCUAAGUCUCACGGAAGUUAUACAGAGUUACAGUCAGUAAGAUAGUAAAGUGAUAAAAUCAUUGUAAAUUAAAAGAUGGCUGAUCAGGAAGGGUCUGAGCCUAUGGUGGAACAGGAUAAUGUAGAUAAGAAGCCUAAAAAGAAGUCCAGAUUUCUCAGGCUUAAACCUCGUAAAGUCAGGAAGAGAGUAAAAAAGUUAGGAACCUGGGGUAGAGACAAUCUGCUAUUAACGUUGACAAUAGCCAGUGUAUUUGCAGGACUAAUUCUAGGGUUUAGUUUACGGGUAGCAGAACCUUCUGAGCAAGCCAUCCUACUUAUAUCAUUCCCAGGAGAUGUGUUGAUGAGGAUGUUAAAGUUAAUGAUUCUUCCCUUGAUUACCUCUUGUAUGAUAACAGGUUUGGCUUCCAUUGAUGCAAACACUAGUGGUAAAAUGGGUCUCAGAGCCAUAUUGUAUUAUUUUGGAACUACUUUUUGUGCCAUUAUAUUGGGAAUAGUCCUCGUAACAGCUAUUCACCCUGGUGAUGAAAAAUUAAGACCAAAAGACUUAGGAGACGGUAAAGGUGAUGACAGAGUUAGUUCCAUUGAUGCAUUCCUUGAUCUCAUAAGGAACGUAUUCCCAACUAAUAUAGUACAAGCUUGCUUUGCUCAUGUCAGGACAGAAUAUAAAGAUGUGGUCAAGUUUCAUGAAAUAGACAAGAAGAUAUUGACAUCAGAUUAUGAUGCUUUGAAUUUGUCAUCUAACGACGUCAACAAGACACUUGCUCUGAUGCUGAAUGCUAAAGUAGUAAACAUUAGCCAAUACAACAUGUCAGAUAAUUACAACUACACAUUUAUCAAAAUGAAAGUACCAUACAACAAAACUAUUCAGGAAUAUCCUUUUAGCAAUGGCAUCAAUGUGUUAGGUAUAAUAGCCUUUUUCACUGCCUUUGGAAUGAUGCUCAGUCAGAUGGGAGAGGAGGCACAAUUGAUGAUAAACUUCUUCACUAUACUCAAUGAGAUUAUCAUGAGAAUGGUUACUAUAGUAAUGUGGUAUUCUCCAGUGGGUAUCAUGUUCUUAGUUGCGGGUAAAAUUUUAUCUCUAGAAGACCCUGGCGCUGUUGGUGAGAGACUGGGGAUGUAUAUGGUGACUGUGUUAACAGGAUUGUUUAUACAUGCCCUCAUUACUCUACCCACCAUUUAUUUCUUCUUUACGAGGAAGAAUCCAUUUAUAUUGUUCAAGGGAAUAAUGCAAGCCUUUGUCACAGCUUUGGGAACUGGUUCCAGCUCUGCUACACUGCCAGUUACAUUCCGUUGUUUAGAGGAAAACUUGAAAGUUGAUCGUCGUGUGACACGUUUCAUUUUGCCAAUUGGUGCCACUAUCAACAUGGAUGGCACAGCCUUGUAUGAAGCAGUGGCACCUAUAUUUAUUGCCCAGAUGAAUGGCAUUGAUCUCUCUUUUGGACAAAUCAUAAUUGUCAGCUUGACAGCCACUUGUGCCAGUAUUGGUGCUGCUAGUAUUCCUAGUGCUGGACUGGUUACCAUGUUGAUGGUUCUGACAGCUGUCAACUUACCUACUGAGGAUAUCAGCCUCAUUCUGGCUGUUGACUGGUUUCUAGACAGAAUUAGAACAGCCAUCAAUGUUUUAGGAGACAGCUAUGGUGCAGGAAUUGUAGCUCACUUAUCUCAAGCCGAGCUGGCAGCCGAUGUUAAUCAUGUACCAGACAUGAACAUGGAACUGAACAUCAUCGAGGACGGAGAGAAGGAACCCAAAGACAAUUCAGACAAUUCUGACAACGACAAUGAUGAUAAUGAUCCAAAAGAUCCAGAUAAUGGCGGAGAAACCAUUUAUCCUAAUAUAAGUUAAUGAUUUCUAGUAGUAAAUGUGUAUAUUUUUUGUACAUUUUAUCAAUUGGAGGUGCUCUUCAUUUCAUGAGUCAUGCCAUGUUUUAAGAAUUAUGUCUAUCUUUUUAAAUUUCUGUAGAGGAAUAAGAAAAUAUUUUUGUACCAAAGAAAUAUAGCAUACAUUUUUAAUGUGACUAGAAUUUUUUUCAGAUGGGAGACAACUCCAAAUUAUCUUUUUUUUUUAAAGAUGUUUAAAAGUAUGAUGUACAAAAACUUUUUAAGUCAAUAAAUUUUUGAUUAAAUAUUUGAGAUAUCUUAAUUGGCUCUUAAAUGAAUCGGUUCAUAUUUUCAAUGGGCAAAUAACAGAACAAGCAAAGAGUAGUUUACACCAAUGUUCAUUGUAAAAAGGAGAAAAAAAAAACUAAAAAACAAAUGGCAUGUUAUAGCCUUGAAGUUUUAUUUGAUAUUUUGAAUUUUGCUUUUAAUAUUUAGUUAUAUUUUCUUUACCUUGACGGCUAUAUCAAGUUUUUCAUUAAUCCAUUUAGACUGUAUAUAAAAUUUGAUAUAUUCUGUAAGUUAACUUCUUGUAAAUAAACAAGUAGUUAUCUCAUUAGUAGCUUGUGUAGACAUAUAUUUAUGUCUACUGAUUAAUAAAUUUACAACUUAUUGCUAUUUGUCCCCCAUUACUCCAGAUUUUGACGUCAUUAUACAAAAUAUUGGACGCCACAAUGGAAAAGUGAUUGUUGAAUGACGUCAAUAGUUAUAGGGGGACAGAUUUCCAAAUGGUGAUUAGAUGUAUAAAUAGAAAGCCAAAACAGAUGUAUUCUCGUUAACAGUUGAAUGCAUCGAGGUAAAAUGUAUCCAUGACAUCUGUUGAAUUAAAUCUCCAGGUCUUAUGAAUGUAUUGAAUACAAUUUUGUUAUGGUGCAAUGGAAAGAAUUUUCUUGAUAAUAUCGAAAUAUUUUUUUCUGAGCCUGUGAAAAAUAUUUGACCUAAAAUGCAAGUUUUGUUAAUUUUAAGCAGUAGUUUUUGGGUUGUUUUUGGUGUAAAACUUUAAAUUUUAAAUGGUAGAAGAGCUUGACAAUCCAUAUUUAUAUACAAAUUCACUAGUUUCCAUCUGGCAGAUGACCAUUGUCCAUCACCACACUUUCAUAAUUCAUCACUGCAAAAAAAAAAUUUAUCGAAUCAAUUUUGAUUAUGAGUAAUUGAUCAACUAUACUUGGUAUAUAGAAUGAUAACAAGAUCAUUAAUCACAUGACUAUAAGUUAAUGGUCAAAUAAAUUUUGUGUAAGAAAAUUCUAGUAAGGUGUAUAUGUAUGUGUGACAGGAAUCCUGUGACUCUGGUACAUUACAUUUGCAUGUAAUUGAGGAUUAAAAUUACAUUUGUGCACAGUUAUUUUUUUACAUUUAUGAGCAUUCAUUUUACAGAUAACACCAGGUAGAAAUAAAGAUAACUCAUAAUAAAUGUUGUUAUAUAUAAUUAUUAUUAUAACUAACUGUGACCUCAUUUCAUGGUUCAUUGAUCUUGUUCUUAAAUUUUUGCAAUGAAUUUAUAAUCAGUAAAGCAACAAGAUAGUUCAACAUGUCCAAUCUCCUUUAAAAGUAUAUAAGCAACUCUGGAUCAAACUGCUUUUAAAGUAAUUUUCAGUUUACAACAAAUUGGAAAGAUUACAAAAUCUUCAUAUAUGCUUUCAUCUUAACCUUUAAAAUUAUCAAUUAUUUAUAGCAUUAUACAUAAAUUGUAAAAUAUUUCUGUAAAAAAAUGGUUAGAAAAUCCAAAGUUCAUCCAUCACAAGCCAAGUUGCAUUUAUCAGGUUCUGACAUAUGAAUACAUUUUUUAUAUACUUUUUUUUUAAUGUGUAUUUGUUAUUUACAAAGUAUCCAUUGGUUGUAUAUGUAUAUAGAUUUUAAUACAAUUUCUUAAUAGGAAUUUCAAUGCUGGUCAAAUGUAUAUAAUUUUGUAAAUAGUUGUUUUGCAUAAAUAUGUUUGAAAACAUAACAAACAGAAAAUUGAUGAUCAUGGUUGAAUUUUCUUCACAAGUUGAAGUGGUUAGUAUGAAAUUUGAAUUACAAAAUUUCUAAUUUGUUUCUGAAAUAGACUAAAAGAAAUUAAUUUAUUUUUUUAGAUUUUGAGUAUUUUAAAAGUAAAUAUUAGAAAUUUAAGAAAAUUUUUCAAUAUUUUCAUGUUUGACAAAAAAAAAAGCAAAAACAUUAAGUGCAUCAAUUAUAAUUAAUUUUAAAAUCUGAUACCAUUAUUUGUAUGCUGGAUUUUAGUCAUCAAUUUUGGUGAAAAAUGCAGCAUUGUAAGUAUGGACUGGAUAACAGUUUAGAUUUUAUAGCAUUAAUUGAAUGUGGUUUUACUGAAAUUACCCUUAUUGAUUUAUCAUUGUUGUCUUUUAAUAUACAUAAAAGUAUUAAUAAUUAUAUACAAUAAUUUCUGCGGAGUUACACUAUUUGUGUUUGUAUGUAAAUAGAACUUUUAUUAAUACAUUAAACUGUUGAACCAGUUUGGGAAUCUCAGUGUCAUUUUGUCAUAAUAUGAUGUAUGAAAAAUCAUUUUAUAUUUUUACAUUGGAGACUUUAUUAUAAUAAAGAAUACUUGUCAGAAUAGUUGUGCACUUGUCUUUACAUUGAUUUUUUUUCUUUUUUUCUUUUUGAUAGGGCAUUUAUUCAUUGUAUGAAGAAAUAUAUUCACUGUACACUUUUGUUAGCAAUUUUUAUGUUUAUGAAAUUUCUUUUAACACCGCAAUUUUAGGUUGAAACUGUAAAUUCAUAUUUUUUUAAUUGAUUAUAAAUGUUUUUAAUCAUUGAAAUAACCAUUUUAACCAUCAUUGAAUAGAGCAAUUGUACUGAUGAUAAAUCUUCAGACUACAAUCAUGACAAGCACAAAAUGGCUUGUCUCCCCUUAAUGAGUACAAAUUAUCUCUUUGAGGGAGCUCCUACUGCGAUAAACAAUUGUUAAAGUCAUUUAUUUUUUACAUUUUUCUUCAUUGUGUGUACCCUUUCCAUUUUACCAUUUAUUAUAUAUGCUUGAAAGGUACAAAUUAUAUCAGUAUUUUGAUUGUUAACUAUUAAUGGAAUAAUAACAGAUUAUAGCUGUUUUUGAAACUACUAUUGUCAAUCUAUUUUCAUGUCUAUAAGAACAAACUAGUGUUUUAUUUUUCACUGAGAUUAAGAUGCUUCAUAUUUUUAUCUACAAUUUCUGCAAAAUAGACUCAAAAUGCACAUCAUUGUGACAACCUAGAUUUUUUUUCUAGUUUUCUGACUAUUCUAUUUUAAGAUAUAUUUGGUGUUCGUUGGCAACAUUUCAAGAUAGUACCCUUCUUCAGGAAUAUUUUACAUUGGAGAAAAUAGAAACAUGAUACAGAAUUCUUAGAAGCUAAUUUGAAUUGAAUAAUUAAAAUGAAUUUGAAACUAGAAACUAUCAUUGUAAAUAAAUAUUUAGCUAUUUAGUCUUUAUGUUGUUCCAUUGCCCUAAAAUGUUGUAUCAUACACAAUGUCACCUUGUGACUUAACCUUUUAGAGGUGAUAUGUUUUCAAGUAAUGGUAUGACAGUAAAAUGGAAAUGAUAAUUAUAUGUCUGAUUACAUACAUGUUUGUCCUGUGUUAUAAAAAGGCAAUAUCAUAGAUCUUUGCUUGAUAAAUCAAACCUUUUAAAUAUUAAAUUACUUCAUAAUUUUGUAUUUCUCAUAAAAUAUUAUGAAAAGUAUAUUUCUCUAUUUUUAACUCACACGAUUUAACCUUUGGAAGGCAAGAUAUUUUAUAUUUUAUCAAAUAUAAUAAUUUAAAUUAUUGUUAGGUUAAAACUGUGACAAAACUUGCAUGUAAUAAAAAGUCUUGAAUCAAAAUUUCACAAACAAGAGAACUAUCAGUAGAAAUCAUAUCAGGCAGAGUUUUAUCCAAUGAUAUGUGUUGCUAAAUUUACCCUUUGUUUGCUAAAUGCCAAUCAAUGAAAAUGUGCAUACUUGCAUGUUUUGUACAAUCUAGUAUAUUUUUUUGUACAAUCAUUUAAAAUACUCAACAUUGCUCUGUAAAUGGCUGAAACAAGAAGUAUUAGUCAAUAAGACUAGAUAUCGAAUUUCCUUUUGUAAAAAUUUAACACUAUACCAGGGUUCUUUGUAUUACUGUACCUCCUUUAUGUAGUUUUAAUAUUCAAUAAAAAAAUUCAUA